AUGCAGACGCGGAAGAAAUCGCUGUCGCUGCCGUCGCUGGGCAUAGCCCUGCCCGGCGCGCCGCGAUCCGCACGCUCACCGCCCUCGUCCGCGAACGGUCAGCACGUCGCGAAGAAACAAAAACGGUCGCACUCCAACUCCAACGCAUCCACGCCCGCAUCGCCGCCGCGGCCUGCGACGCUGCGCUUCGACGAGCGCCCGAAGAGCUCCGGCCGUGUGGCGGACACGCCGCCACCGUCGCCCGGCGGAGAGUCCGGCCAGACAAAGGUCGACACCCAAGGCAUCGACGACGUAAUUGUCGUCGGCGUCAUAGAGCAGCUGGAGAAGACGGGCAACCGACCCCACCUGCUCAAAGAACUGGCGACCGUCCUGUCGCCCACAAUCCCAAUUGUUGAAAGCUCCGCCAACCCAGCUGCAAUAAUCUCGUCGCGGCUUGCCACGUAUCUCAAACGCAACUGGACUGCGCUGUCGCCAUGCCCGCUCGACAAGAAGCUUGUCGGCACCCACCCGAAGCGCGUGUACUACUUCCUCUCCACCUGCCCGCACCAGCCAAUUCCUGAGGAUGCAGGCAAUGCUCCAGCUGCGGCGCGCAUUAUUUCGCCGUCGCUGUCGUCGGCUACGUCUGAAGAGGAAGACAUGGAUGCGCGCUCACGAGACGUGAGGUCCCCCUCACCGGAGCUGGAUCUCUCCGACUUCGAUGACGGUAGCGACCCGUUCUCAAACCGCACCCAUGACCCAGCGACCCACAACAUCGCACACAACCGACGAGCCCAGUCGCCGCCCUUAGAAAGAGACGAGCGCGAGUUCACCCAGACUGCGUCAUUCUUGCAGCAGCAGAGGAAGAGCCAGGAAGCCGAGCGCGAGCGGUCCUCUUCGACUGAGGCGACCCAGAGCACCGACGUCACCAUGGAAGACAUACCCGAGGUCGAAGAGACGGAGGAGAGUGCUGCGCGCAAGAACUCAGAGACGGCAGCGGCUCUCUUUGGGCAGAUGGACCAUGUCUCCAGCUUCCAGCCGGACUUCGUCUCGAGUAGCCCGAUGCUGAAGCCAACUCUCAACAUCGAGAUGCCGCCACCACCCAUGCCCAAGACUGUAGCUAAGAUCGAGACUGAGGACAUCGAAUGGAGCUGGUCGGAGAUGAAGAGCCCGGAGAACAUCGAGCUAGACGAGCUCGACGACCUCUUCGGCGGGUACUAA